AUGUCAGAGAAUCUUCUCGUUGUACGCAGCCGUUUACAUCGACCUUUGACCUACGCCGAAAAGGUUCUGUAUUCACAUUUGGACGAUCCUUAUAACCAGGAUAUAGAGCGAGGGACUUCCUAUCUUCGCCUACGCCCUGACCGUGUCGCUUUCCAAGAUGCUUCGGCUCAAAUGGCUCUUUUGCAGUUCAUGUCCUCAGGGCUCGAAUCCACAGCUAAGCCUGUAACGAUACAUUGCGAUCACUUGAUUCAGGCUUCCGAAGGAGGCACGCAAGAUCUCAGUCGCGCACACGCCGAGAAUAAAGAAAUUUAUGAUUUCCUUUCUUCCGCUUGUUCCAAAUAUGGUAUCGGCUACUGGAAGCCUGGAUCGGGCAUUAUUCACCAAAUUCUUCUCGAAAACUACGCUUUCCCCGGCGGUCUACUUGUCGGCUCGGAUUCACACACGACGAAUGCCGGCGGACUUGGAAUGGGAGCUGUCGGUGUAGGUGGUGCCGACGGUGUAGAGAUCAUGGCCGACCUGCCUUGGGAACUCAAAGCCCCAAGAAUGAUCGGCGUCAGGCUCAUAGGUGAAUUAUCCGGUUGGACCUCGCCGAAGGACGUAAUUCUCAAGGUUGCUGGUAUCUUGACCUCCAAGGGAGGAACUGGCUCGAUUAUCGAAUACUGUGGGCCGGGUGUUGAGAGCAUUUCUGCCACUGGAAUGGCAACAAUAUGUAACAUGGGAGCAGAGAUUGGAGCAACAACGUCCAUAUUCCCCUUCACCAACCGAAUGUACGAUUAUCUAGCCGCUACACAACGACAAUUUGUGGGUGAGUUUGCUCGAGCUUAUGCUUCGAAACUGCGAGCCGAUGAGGGCGCCGAAUACGACCAAAUGAUUGAAAUCAAUCUAUCAGAGCUCGAACCGCAUAUCAAUGGCCCGUUCACUCCAGAUCUAGCUACACCAAUCUCCAAAUUCGCCCAGGCUGUUGAAACCAACGAAUGGCCCGACAAACUUCAUGUCGGCUUGAUCGGAUCCUGCACGAACUCUUCAUACGAGGAUAUGUCUCGUGCAGCUUCCAUAGCUCGUGAUGCCCUCGACCAUGGCAUCAAAGCAAAAGCAGCAUUUACUAUUACUCCAGGCUCUGAACAAAUUCGAUCUACUAUGUUGCGUGACGGCCAGCUUCAAACGUUUGAAGAGUUCGGCGGAACGAUUUUGGCAAACGCUUGUGGUCCCUGUAUAGGCCAGUGGCGUCGUCAAGACACGAAGGAUGGGGAACCGAACUCAAUUAUCUCUUCGUAUAAUCGAAACUUUUCAGGACGCAAUGACGGUAACCACGCAACUCACUCCUUUGUGGCAUCGCCUGACGUGGUGGUCGCCAUGGCCAUUGCCGGAACCUUGUCCUUUAAUCCCCUUAUCGACAAGCUCACAGACAAGGACGGUGAUGAAUUUGUCCUCAGGCCUCCAACGGAUACCAAUGGUUUGCCUGACUCAGGUUUUGAAUUGGUUCACGAUGUGUACCAAGGGCCUCCGGUCGACCGUAGAUCAGUCGAAAUACGGAUCUCGCCCGGGUCGGAAAGAUUGCAAGCUCUGACGCCUUUCGACGCAUGGGAUAAACGAGAUGCAAAAGGUCUGCCAAUCCUUAUCAAGACCCAAGGAAAAACGACAACGGAUCAUAUUUCCGCCGCUGGUCCUUGGCUGAAAUAUCGCGGGCAUCUGGACAAUAUCUCGAAUAAUCUGCUAAUUGGCGCUACGAGCGCAGCAAAUGGUAUGGUGAACAGAGUUUUCAAUAGGUUCACUGGAGCUUGGGAUGGCGUUCCUGAAGUUGCGCGUGACUACAAGGCUAGGGGUAUUCGAUGGGUAGUUGUUGGUGAUUGGAAUUACGGCGAGGGAAGUUCUCGGGAACAUGCUGCCUUGGAGCCUCGACAUCUUGGAGGUUUUGCUGUUGUUGCCAGGUCCUUCGCCCGGAUUCAUGAAGUUAACCUGAAAAAACAAGGAAUUCUUCCAUUGACAUUUGCGGAUCCAUCUGAUUAUGACCGCGUCAAGCCUGAUGACUUAAUUGAUAUUGGGUGCACACACUUGGAGGUUGGCAAACCAAUUCCAAUGACUGUUCAUCCAAGCAAUGGUGAAGCAUUCAUCAUUAACCUCAGCCAUACAUUCAAUGAUUUGCAGAUUGAAUGGUUCAAGGACGGCAGCAUGCUGAACACCCUGGCUAAACAUUUCACAGCUCGUACAUGA